CGCAUCGGCGGCCUGGCAUUUGCCAGAAGGUUCGCGUCGACUCGGGAAAUGCUGGCAGGAGUAUAAAUAGGCGGCGACGCGCGGAACCCGGCAGUAUUCAAACGCAAGCGAAACGAAACGCAUCAAAGCGAAAAACAAGCGAACAGUUGGAAGCGAGUUAUUCGAAGCAAAGAAUUACGCAAAGUUGUUUAGCGAAAAGUGUAACAGCAGAUUCACCUAUACGCAGACUUGAAAGAAGCGAAGAUGCCAGCAAUCGGUAUUGAUUUGGGAACGACGUACUCGUGCGUCGGAGUGUGGCAGCAGGGUAAGGUCGAGAUCAUCGCCAACGACCAAGGAAACAGAACAACCCCGAGUUACGUGGCGUUCACGGACACGGAGCGGCUGAUCGGAGACGCGGCCAAGAACCAAGUCGCGAUGAACCCGAGCAACACGGUGUUCGACGCGAAGCGGUUGAUCGGCCGGCGAUUCGACGACCCCAAGAUCCAGGCUGACAUGAAGCACUGGCCGUUCCGCGUCGUCGAGGAAGGGGGCAAGCCGAAGAUCGCGGUCGAGUUCCGCGGUGAGACGAAACGGUUCAACCCGGAGGAGAUCAGCUCGAUGGUGCUGACGAAGAUGAAGGAGACGGCGGAGGCGUACUUGGGCCAGUCGGUCAAGGACGCGGUGAUCACCGUCCCGGCCUACUUCAACGACUCGCAGCGACAGGCGACGAAGGACGCCGGCGCCAUAGCCGGCAUCAACGUCCUCAGGAUCAUCAACGAGCCGACGGCCGCGGCCCUCGCCUACGGCCUCGACAAGAACCUCAAGGGCGAGCGAAACGUCCUGAUAUUCGACCUCGGGGGCGGAACCUUCGACGUCUCGAUCCUCUCGAUAGACGAGGGUUCGCUGUUCGAGGUGAAGGCGACCGCCGGCGACACCCACCUCGGGGGCGAGGACUUCGACUCGAGGCUCGUCGAGCACUUCGCGGCCGAGUUCGAGCGGAAGUACAAGAAGAACAUGAGGAAGAACCCGCGCGCGCUCCGCAGACUGCGUACGGCGGCCGAGCGGGCGAAGCGCACGCUCUCGUCGAGCACCGAAGCCAGCAUCGAGAUCGACGCCCUCUUCGAAGGCAUCGACUUCUACACGAAGGUGUCCCGGGCGCGUUUCGAGGAGCUCUGCGCCGACCUCUUCCGCGGCACCCUCGCCCCGGUCGAGAAGGCGCUGGCCGACGCGAAGAUGGACAAGCGGGCUAUUCACGACAUCGUUCUCGUCGGGGGUUCGACGCGAAUCCCGAAGAUCCAAUCCCUGCUGCAGAACUUCUUCUGCGGCAAGCAGCUGAACCUCUCUAUAAAUCCCGACGAGGCGGUGGCCUACGGAGCCGCCGUCCAGGCGGCCAUCCUCAGCGGGGAAGGAAACGCCGGCUCCGGCCUCCAGGACGUGCUCCUCGUCGACGUGGCCCCGCUCUCUCUCGGCAUCGAGACCGCCGGCGGCGUGAUGACCAACGUCAUCGAGCGCAACGCUCGCAUACCUUGCAAGCAGACGCAGACCUUCACCACCUACGCGGACAACCAGCCCGGGGUCUCGAUCCAGGUGUACGAGGGUGAGCGGGCGAUGACAAAGGACAACAACUUGCUCGGUCGAUUCGAGCUGAGCGGAAUCGCCCCGGCGCCUCGCGGCGUGCCCAAGAUCGAGGUGACCUUCGACCUCGACGCCAACGGGAUCCUCCACGUGACCGCCAAAGACACGGCGAGCGGUCGCAGCAGCGACGUGAGAAUCACCAACGACAAGGGCCGGCUGUCCCGCGAGGAGAUCGACCGGAUGCUCGCGGAGGCUGAGCGGUACAAGGAGCAAGACCACGAGCAACGCGAAAGGGUCACCGCGCGAAAUCAACUCGAGAGCUACAUGUUCAACGUCAAGCAGGCCCUGCAGGAGCACGGGGCGAAGCUCCCCCAGGAGGACAGGGACAAGGUGAGCGGACUCUGCGAGGAGACGCUCCGGUGGCUCGACGACAACACCCUCGCCGAGAAGGACGAGUACCAGCACAAGCUCGAGGCUCUUCAGAAACAAUGCUCCGCGGUGAUGGCCAAGCUUCACCAGGGCAACGCCGGACCCGCCGGACCCGCCGGCCCUCAGGACUGCGGUGCGCAGUUCAGGCAGGCCGGGGGACGGAACUCGGGGCCCACCGUCGAGGAGGUCGACUAAACACCUGAAUCUGCAGUGUCUUCUGCGACCGCCGAAUCUCCUCACUGCAUACUCUAAGUCAUCUUUCAUUAAGUGAUUUGUUCAUUGUAGCUACUCUGAACGUUCCUAUGAGACUGAUGUUAUUUUUUAUACACUGUUAACGAUAUUUAAAUUAUUUGUAAAUUAUUUGUAAAUAAUGUGAGCAUCACGGUUUAUACAUGUUUAAGUUUUGUUUAAGUCAUUCAGAUUGUACGAAUGGAUGUUACUGAACCGAAUGAAUGUAUGAAUAUGUGUAGAGUAACCACUGAAUAAUAAAAAAUAUUUUUGUA